UUCUCAAGGAGUAACCGUUAAAGAUUUCUUUCGUUUUGUCUAUGAUCUGCGAGAGGGGCUUGUUCUGGGAAGAGCAGGCAUGAGUUUGAGUGCAAGAAGAGUCACUCUGCCUGCAAUAAGACCAAUUGUUCUGCAGAAAAGGGUGAUUAAAGUGUACAGUGAAGAUGAAACCAGCAGGGCUUUAGAGGUACCCAGUGACAUAACAGCCCGAGAUGUUUGCCAGCUGUUGAUCCUGAAGAAUCAUUACAUUGAUGACCACAGUUGGACCCUUUUUGAACACCUGCCUCAUAUAGGUCUAGAAAGAACACUAGAAGACCAUGAGCUGGUGAUUGAAGUGCAGUCUAACUGGGGAAUGGAAGAAGAAAAUAAGCUGCACUUUAGAAAAAAUUAUGCCAAAUAUGAAUUCUUUAAAAACCCAAUGGUAAUAUUUUUUUUUCCAGAGCAUAUGGUGUCUUUUGCAACUGAAACCAACAGUGAAAUAUCCCCAACACAAAUUUUACAGAUGUUUCUAAGUUCAAGCACAUAUCCUGAAAUCCAUGGCUUCUUACAUGCAGAAGAACAGGGAAAGAAGUCCUGGAAAAAAAUUUACGUCCUUCUAAGAAGAUCUGGUUUAUAUUUUUCUACUAAAGGAACAUCAAAGGAACCAUGGCAUUUACAGUUUUUCAGCGAAUUUGGCACUAGUGAUAUUUAUGUGUCACUGGCGGGCAAAAAAAAAAAAAAAAAACACGGAGCACAAACUAACUAUGGAUUCUGCUUUAAGCCUAACAAAGCAGGAGGGCCCCGAGACCUGAAAAUGCUCUCUACAGAAGAGCAGAGUAGGACGUGCUGGGUGACCAUGAUUAGAUUGCUUAAGUAUGGCAUGAAGCUGUACCAGAAUUAUAUGCCUCCAUAUCAAGGCAGAAGUGGCUGCAGUUCUCAGAGUAUAUCACCCAUAAGAAGUAUAUCUGAGAACUCCCUGGUAGCAAUGGACUUCUCAGGUCAGAAAAGCAGAGUUAUAGAAAAUCCCACCAAAGCUCUUUCAGUUCCAGUUGAAGAAGGACUCACUUGGAGAAUACUCAUAAUUUCACUUUCUUGAAAGAAUUUUUAAUUUGAGUUUGUUUCACCCCCAUUCAUUGCUCAGAGAAAAGGAUGUUUGCACCUGGGCAGUCACAGUAGACCCACUGCCUCCUCACAGACCUCUGCCACAAACAUGGCCAUCCAUCGGUCCCAGCCAUGGUUUCACCACAAGAUUUCCAGAGAUGAAGCUCAGCGAUUGAUUAUUCAGCAAGGACUUGUGGAUGGGUAAAUUUGAUACUUUUAG